AGAGUGUAUAUGCCAAGAAUCCUAUUUCUCUACCCCAAAACAUACGCAUGAUCAUGAAGACCUUUGCGAUCAUGCAGACCUUAACUCUAGUUUACACUCAUCUUAAAUGGAUAUUAGAUUUCCUUGUAUACCAUCCCUUCUAUAAGCUCCAUGAUUGUCAUCUUCCAAUAUUUGAAGAAGAUUACAAUAUAUGGAAUUAUAAACGAACCCCUGGCUCAGAGGAAGAAGUAGAUUGUGCAGUGUGUCUCUGCCAAAUAAAAGAAGGAGAUGAGAUUAGAGUAUUGAGAUGUGAACAUAUGUAUCACAUAAACUGUUUGGAUAAAUGGAUUAGUUUUAAGACAGACACUUGUCCUCUCUGCAGAGAAUCAUUGAGACCAAGAAGGGACACCACUGAGCUUGGAGCUGAAGUUCUAUUAUUUAAUUUUGGUACCUUCCGUACAGAUAGAGAUUGUGAUGAUUGGUGGCUACGUUGAGUAAUUUGCAUGACUUUGUAUACAACUAGUAAUUUUUUACCACAUCUCAUGAUAUAUUUGUCAUAUCAAGUUAUGUGAGUAAAUGAAUUUGUUGAGUAAAUAUCUAUUAAUUAUCAAAUUAUUUUUUUCACAUCCAUUUAUCAAUAGAACUUUAAUGUUAAGUAAAUGUAAACUUGAAAUCA